AUGGGUUGUGGUGCCUCCGUUAAACCAAACGCUGAUAAGAUCAAUUCUCCGAAGUCUAAUGGUCCACAGAAGAAAAAUGAUAAACCAAUUUCCGCAGUUCCCAAUCUUACGGUUUCACUACAAGGACACGGCAUUACACAAAACGAACAUGAUGACACUGUUCUAAUUCAUGUGAUCGAAAUCAUCAAUGGAUCAUUUGCAGAAAAAGCAUCGGGGCUACGUAUCGAAUGUGACAACAUUGUGGAAUUCAAAGUCAACGGAAAAGACGAAUAUGAUAUCAUUCAAGUUUAUAAAGAUGGUAAUGAUUAUUAUCCAGUUAAAUAUGGUUGUCAGUUAUUAAACAUCAAAAAUCGAACUGCGCCGAAACAACGGCGAAUUCCAUUUUCAUUCGAUUUGAAUCAACCGGAUAUCGAGUUAUAUUUCUGUGUUAUUCCUUCAUCUCAACGUGAAUCUAUCAUCAAAGGUCGGAAAUAUCCGAAGAUCUACUGUGAAAAAAAUUGCCUUAAACUUUAUCAAAAUGAUAUUAAAUUUCGGUUAAAUGACGAAAGACAAAGUCAGAAAGUGUACAUGCAUCAAACAGAUACUGUGCAAAUCGAAUGGACAUCUCAACGUCUUUACCGAAUCGAAGAGAAAAAAUAUUGUCCGGUAUCCGGCGGGUUUUAUACCGUUGAACAACCGAACGAGAAGAGAUUAAAUCGAUGUUCGACAAAAGGAAGUUUUGUGAAGACAUUCAAUGACUUGGGCAUGUCAUUUCUCAUUCGUUAUACCGAACAAAACGAAAUUCAUGAUGUUAUCAUAUGUAUCAUCAAUGAAAAAUACAAAGUGAAACAUGUGGAAAUAACGGAUGAAGAUAUUCAACCGAAUAUUUUGUGGAUUGAACAAACAGAUUGGGUGGUGUUUGAUUGGAACACCAAACGGAAACAUUCAAUUGUUCAAAUCGAACCAUUUUCAGUUGACACGAACACGAAUCGAUCAAUUGAACUUAAAAAACCUGAAGAACACUUUUUCUGGCCAAAUGAUUCAACACGUCGAGGUUAUAUGCUUCAUCAAUUUAACGAAACUGGUGUUUUCUGCUACAAAACAACAAGUAAUCAAAUUGGUACGAUUAUUGUCGAAGCACGUCAAACUGUGCAUCAAAUACCUGUCGUUCCCGACCAAAAAAUUUAUGAAAUGAACACGAAUGGUGUCGUACAAUUCAACUGGUUAAUGGAUUCAUCUGAAGACAAGACGAUUUUAUUCACUCUAGAUCCAUCGUCAUCGGUUACACCACUUGCAAGUAACGGUGUCGAUGGAGUAUUCAAAUGUGCUGCACAUAAAUGUGUUCGAGCCGACGCAGUGAUUCAACGCUAUCUGUAUACAUGUGAAACAUUACUUCUCAAUAUUCCUCAACAUGGCCUUUAUAAUUUUGCUUAUUCGGAAGAUCCAAAUGUGCCUCUUUUGAGUAUCAUCGUUGAAAAUGACAUAGAUAAACAUACGGUUGUUUAUAAUGAAUACAAUGUUUUCGAACCUCCAACAUUGAUCAUCAAUCGUAAUGAUCAAGUUUGGUUUGAGCCAUCAUCAGCAGCGAAAGUUGAAACGAUUUAUCAAACGGAUGAAUUCGGAGAGGAACUCGUAGUUGACCAACCAGUUUUCCGACCUCAAGAAAAAAGUGUCAAUUUCUUUAUGAAAUCAUUUCCAGAGACGGGCAUUUUCUAUUUUUCAACGGCGAAUGAUGCGAAAGACGAAACCCAUCCAGUCGCAAUUAUUGUCUUACCGGACGUACGUUUUCAUUAUCGAACGGUCGGAAAGAACUCGUUCGAUAACAAACCAAUCAUAACUGAUAUCAAUGAUUUUAUCAUUUGGAAAUUCGAAGAAACCAUCUCUCAUAAUGUGGGUUAUAUCCAGUCAAAUGAUCGAUUACAAGAUUUAAUCGCUUGCCACGAUCGAGCUGUUCCGGGACGAUAUCGACAAUGUCUUGGUAUUGAAUGUAUUCAAUCGGGAACAUUCUUUUUCGCUAAUCCAGAUUUCGAACGUGUUACUGGCUCGACUGAGGAUCGACUUGUAGCGACAAUUAUUGUUGAACCACAUUUUAGUCAAAACUGCUUUGUGGUUGGUAAUUACGAUUUUGUGCCUUCUGUUCUCCAUAUAGCUGAAAAUGAUACUGUUUCAUGGGUAUUAGCAAAUCCUGCUCAAACUGAUCGAAUCUAUGUCAGAUCGGUUGAUGAUAACGAAGAAGUUGAUGAUAACGCACUGAUUAAUCGAAAUAUCACGAAAUUCAUUCAUAGUGUUCAGCAUUUACAUACAUUUCACCAAACAGGAGAGUACAUCGUUCGAUCAAAUCGUUUUCAACAAACAGCUACUGUCUUUGUGCAUUCAGAAAAAACAAUCAAAGAUCAAAAAAAACGUGUUCUACCGCCGCAGUUCACCGAAGAACUCGAUACGAUCAGUCCACUCGGUGCACGAGUUCAUCUCACUUGUCCUAGUCGACAUGCGAGUAUUUAUUACACAUUGGACGGAAAACCUCCGACUCAGCGUACUGCAAAUGUUCAUCGAUACGACGAUGACGAAGGAGUUAUUUUGAAUGAAAACGGUCUGCAUGUCUUACGAGCGUGUGCAGUUGAACCUCAAAGAAUUUCAAGUUUAAUUGUGACAAGCAGUCCAACGUUUAUACUGGAUGAGUCAGAGAGAGACGAGCUGAGCAAACGACUCGAGACACAAUCAUCGAGUGAUCAUGUUACUCCGGAAGAUAUACCAACUUCAUACAAAGUUAUUCUUUCUUCUGCAUUGAAAUAUCCGAAUAAAUUAUAUGGAAUGAUUGAAAUUGAUCCAGCUGAUUACAUGAAACAUAUUGAUCAUUUCGAAUUGUAUAUCAAUGAUGUUGCACAAAAGGAAAAUAUUACAACGCGCAAUACUCAAUUUUCAGCCAUUGGCUUUGCAGCGGGAGAACAAUACGAAGUUUAUGUUGUUGCUCAUCCGAAAUCAAAUGCACCCGACGGACGAUCGAUCGCAUCGAACAAACGAACAUUUGAAGUGCAACGAGAAACUCAGGACGGUGCACCACUCAUUAGUUUGGCUAUAUCGGAAAAUCAAAAUGUAUUAACUGUCAUGUGGGCACAUAUUCACGGUCCAGUCAGUGAAUAUAAUGUUUAUAUCAAUGAUAAUAAAACACAAACAAUAACCAAAAAAGAUUUCAACGAUUUCUAUACUGUUCGAUUUCAAGACAUUGAACAUGGUCGAAAAUAUUUGAUUUAUGUUGAAGCAAAGAUGGAAAACGGAAAAGAAAUUCGUAAAUCAAAUAUCAUUCCUAUUACUCCGCCGAUCAAAAUGACUGUCAAAGAGUCAACCACAGACCAAUUCUUUCCAUAUAUAAUCACCGAAUACGAACAAACACCAGAUGAUGUUCCUCUUGAAAGUACUCCAAGUGCUGAACCCAUACAACGACGACCAGAAUCGUUUCGAUAUGCAAGGGAACCAAUUCCUGCUGCUGUGGGAGAUGCAGCUCCAACUGUAUCCUACAAACUAAAUCCUGGUGGUAUUACUCUUUUCUGGAAGAAGAAAUCUCCAUCAGCGCAUGAUUCUGUGGAAAACUAUCGAGUCGUGGUUGACAAGAAACAAUAUGGCGAAUUAGUAUCACCAUUGGCUGAUCCAAAAGUUCAAGUUAAUUUACCACCAGGAAAACAUGAAUGUUAUUUGGAAAUUAUUCCUAAAAAUAAAAAACAUGAGGGUUAUACAUCAAAUAUUCUCAAUGUGGAAGUUCCACCUGGAAGCGGAUUGAAACAUACUACAAAACAAAAAUCAGACCCAUCGGAUGAAUCCAUGGAUAAAACUGUCGUCGAGAAAGAACUUCCCAUACCGAAAUUGAAUGUUUCUACCAUCAGUGGAACAGCAAUUCGUGCGAAUUGGUAUGGAGAUCGGCCACUUCCUGCUGGAGUGUUCGUUGCAAUCAAUGAAGUUCACGUAUGCGGUCCUGAGUUCUCGGAAAAUAUCAAAAGUGAUGAAAGUUCAACUGAUGAAGAUUAUAUCGAGCACAUUUGGAACGUUUCGAAUUCUCCGUUAGAAAUCUCUGGCAUACUCGAUCGACAUGAAUAUUUAGUGUUUGUUCGAACUUAUUAUCAUAUUCAAGGAUCCAAGGAUACAAAAUAUCUGAUAACAGAAUCGAACAGAGUGAAAACUAAGCGAAUUGAUCCGUUGAUCGAAUUGUUGACAAGACCAGUAUUGAAAGUUACCAAACUUGGUGUACAAACGGCGAGUCUGUCAUGGAAACUUGAUGAUACGAUCGAUCCAUCGUUAGUCAAAGGUUAUCGUAUUAUUCUCAAUUCGAAACCAACAGAAAUUCUCUCAGCUACUCAACACGAAUAUGAAUUGCGUAAUCUAAAAGCAGGUUCGACAAAUGAAGUUCAAGUUUCAGUCACAUCUCAUCCGGACUUUGUUGAUGAGAAAAUCUCGGAACCAAUCCGUAUUGUGUGUCCGAAGCAUCCUCAUCCUCCAAAGAUUCAGUCGGUUAUCGCCGAAAAACCAUUUUCAAUUCGUAUCCAAUGGGAAGCCGAUAGUCAUGAAAGCGACGAUAUUACAGCCUAUCGAACAUUCCUUAAUGGAAAACUUCAUGGUGAAGUGGAAAACGACGGCCGACAAACAUUCACAUUUGAUUUUACGAAACUAGAAGCUGAUGACAAAUAUUCGAUUUAUGUUAAAUCUCUACUUGGACAGAAGAGAUUAGAAGGAAAUCGUUACCAAUGUGAGAUCGAAUCGAAUAGUUCCAAUGAAUUACGAUUGAAAUGUGCUGUACCACCCAAAGGAACAGUACCACGCAUCGAACGAAUGCAUUCUAAUGGAGUUGAUAUCAUUUGGGAAGCACCGGAAGAAUAUGGAGAUGUCAAACUCACUGGUUAUCAAAUAUUGAAUAAUGGCCGAUCGAUUGGCAAAGCAUUGCCAGUUGACCGACGACGGGCUUCAAUCAGUGACCUGGAACCGGGUCAACGGUAUUCACUACAAGUUGUACCAAUAACAGAUCAACCGGGUGGAGUUCUAUUUCGAAAAGGAGAAGAAUACGAUGCUGAUCGUCAUGGUCAUUAUUUACCAAGCGAAAAACUUGAAAUCGAUUUUACAGAUAUAGUUCAACUUCCUAAACAAGUCUGGGAGGAACAGAUCGCAGGUCGAUCAGCACUAAUUUGCUGGUUACCAAUUGAUCCGUCAACUCCCACGGAGUGUCAACCAGAUAGCUACAAACUGAUGGUAUGGAAUAAUAGUGAUCUACCACGUGAUAAACCAAGAAUUGUUACACUAUCAAAAGAUCAAACCAGUGCACUGCUAAAAGAUCUUCAAUCGGAUACAAAGUAUGAAUAUCAAUUAGAAGCAUGUAAAAAACGACGUCACACAAAAACGAAAGAUUCAUACAAUGUUCUUACAACCUCAGAAAUCGGAUCAUUCACUACAGGCUCACCACCUGAUCCACCGAUGAAUGUGUAUAUAAUCGCAUGUAAAAAUGCCGAUGUUCGUAUUGGUUUCGAUCCGUUUGUUGAACAUAACGCGGAAAUCAAAGCUUUACGUAUUCUAUGUGAACCUGCUUCUCCAGAAACGAAUGCUAGAGAAAUCGUGCAGGAUUUCAUGCCAGAUUCUACCGAAUUCAUUAUUACAAAUCUUGCUGAACGUACCAAUUACAAUGCGACCAUCUAUGGCAUUACGCAGGAAUAUUUAGACGAUAAUCGCUGCCGAGAUGUGAAACAAUUGCCUAAAAAAUUGAAACCAUCCGAAUGGUUACCAUAUAAAACCUUUCAAUUCCAAACAAGUGGUUAUGAACCGGCAAGUAAUAUCAACGUUACUCAAGCGAAUAUCGAAGCGAUUAAACUCGAAUGGACUUUGGCGAAAGUUUAUGGUUCAACUGAAUGUGUUCAACAAGUUCUUCGUUGGCAGUUAGAACCGGGCGGUAAAGAACAGUCGCUAGACUUGGACCGAAACACAACUAAGGCAACGAUACCUGGACCGUUGAUAUCGGGUCUAUAUAAAAUCUAUCUAGAUACAGUCCUUAGUGUAAAAAUCAAUCUUGAAGAGGGUGAUGAUGAAUCAGAUCGAAAAGAAACUCGUUUGACAAGUAAUAUAUCAGCAUCCGUACGUUUCCAUGCGCCAGGAACGUGUGAACAACCAGAGAUUUACUUAACUGGCUAUACAAUGAACACAAUUGAUUUAGCUUGGAAUAAACCAGGCAUGUUUGACGUUGUUGAUCAUCCGGAAAGAACGAAUGAACAAUUGAGAAUUCAUCGACGAUUGAUUGGAUAUCGAAUUGAUAUAAAUGAUCGAAAACAUAAUGAAUUAGAUGAAGAUCAACGGCAAUGUGUUUUGACCGAUUGUCAUCCAAAUGAAGAAUACAAAAUUCGAUUAGUUGCGCAAACUAUUGUUCAACAGGUCAAUAUGGGAAAUAUGAUCACUGAUGAAGACAAGAAAGGAUUUGAACCAGACGAAACCCCAUCGAAAUCAUUGAGUGUACGAACAUUGAAAAGUGAAGGUUUUCUUCGAUCGUUUCGAGCUAAUUUUGAAUUUUAUCACGACAAUUCAAUGAGCCGAUCACUUGUAGAUCCAAACAAUCCUUCACCAUUAGGAAAGAUCAAUGUCGAAUGGAAAAUCGGCCGUUCAAAGAAUAUCUCACAUUUUAUCUUACAAUGGCGGUCGUCAAAAGAUUUACGUAUUCAAGAAAAAACCCUCGCUUGUAACGAAACAUCCGCUAUCAUCGAUGCAUGUGAUGAAAAACAUUUCUACGUUAUCGAUCUGAUCAUUGUGACUGAUGAUGGUAAUCGACAUCAAUAUGAACAAUUAACUGUACCUAUACCUGGCGUACCCGACGCACCGAAAUUGUGGCUUGUUAAAAUAAAUGAUACGAAUUUCACUGUCGAAUGGUCUGAACCGAAAUCGUAUGGAAUACCGAUCAUUGGUUAUGAAUUAUAUAUCGAAGGAAAACGAAAUGGUGAUAUGAUCGAAGUGAAAUCACAUCAGAUUGACAUACCAUCACGUAUCAAUCGUACUUAUCAAGUCAAUGUCUGCGCAAUUACAAAUCAUCCGCAACGUUCACAUUCAGUUAUGUCUCAAACAUUAUGUGUAAUAACGACACCAACAACCGAUCUUGUGCCGACAAUUUAUUACAAUAAUGACGAUGGCAAUGCAUUGACAUUGGAUCAAAAUAUCGCACGCAUUAUUCCAGUUCAAAUCGAUUCGAUCAAUGAGGAAAGACUUCAUGUAGACUGGACAUCAUUUUUACAUACACCGUCAAUACGUGCUUACUACGUACACUAUACUUGUUUGAAUAAUGGAGAAGUUCAAGCAAUGAAAAUUUCAAAACGACAUCGUCAUGCUGUACUGCGCGGUCUACGACCAGGUUUUACUUAUGGAAUUAUGGUCAUGGCUGUUGAUAAAAAUGGUGCAGUUUUAUAUACAUCAGAUAAAUCAACUAUUCAAAUGAAUGCACCACCAAAUGCGCCAAUCGUAGCGAUACUGGAACGAACACGCACCCGUGUGAAACUCGAAUGGCGUGCUGCAACAAGUUACGGCGAGUUUACUGUUGUCGGUUAUAAAAUAUUUGUCAACAAUCGCUUAGCAGCUAUUCUCUCACAUGAUCAGUUAACCUAUACAUUGACCAAUGGUAUACCAUGUGAUGUUUAUACUGUACAUGUUCAAGCAUUGAGCAGUGAAAAGAAUGUUGUUAGUCCAAUGUCACGUGGUGUACAAUUUACAUGGCCAGGUAUUCGAGCAGGUGCUCUCAGACGUGUUGACGAUGGUCAAACAGGAGCCGUUGUUGUUGCAUGGGAACAUCCACAAUUAGAAGACGAAACGGAAAAAUUACUUUCAUUUGAAUUGUUUUCGAAAAAUCUCAUGACGAACAUUGUUCAAUUACAUGGUAAAUACGAUGCUAGUACACAUCAAGCAACCAUCAGUGGCUUACACAAUGGCAAAUAUACUGUUUGGGUGGAAAUUCAAAGUGAACAUUACCGUGUUCAGUCUCGAGCUAUCACUGUUCUAUCAGAACAACUAGCGACAAAAACACAUUUUCCAGCUGUGUUUCAUCCAAUAAAAACAAAACAUGACUCAACAUUGAAAGAAGAAACAAUUUCCGAAGCACAAGGUUACGACGGGAUCUGUAUUGUCAACAGUGAUGCACGAAACUCGAAUGUUAUGGAUAAAAUCCAUGAAAUAUGCGAAUCAGUGAAAAUUAUCGCCUUACGAAGUGCUGGUCACAGCGGUUCAUCAGUGGAAAUUGUUAAAAAAUAUGGUCUUCAUGUGUGUCACGUGCCAAGUUAUUCGCCGCACGCUGUGGCUGAACAUUCAGUGGCGCUUUUACUGUCAUUAAAUCGAAAUAUGCAUCGAGCGUAUUUUCGAACGAAAUUGCACAAUUUCAGUUUGGAUGGUUUGGUUGGUGUUGACGUAUUUGGUAAAACGGUGGGAAUUAUCGGUACUGGAGGCGUCGGUAUGUGUGCAGUGAAGAUUUUUCGAGGUUUUGGCUGUAAAGUAUUGGCUUUUGAUAUUAAACCCGAUGAAAAUUUUGCAAAACAAAAUGGAUUUGAAUAUGUUUCGAUGAAUGAUUUACUUCAACAAAGUGACAUAGUUUCAUUAUAUGCUCCACUUAACGAAUCAACCUUUCAUUUAAUUAAUAAGGAAGCAUUGGACAAGAUGAAACCAGGGGCUAUGUUGAUCAAUACAAGUCGUGGACCAUUAGUCGAUUCGAAAGCUCUUGUUGAAUGUUUGAAAGCAGGCAAAUUACGUGGUGCUGCUUUGGAUGUUUAUGAAAAUGAAGAAAAAUAUUUCUUCAAAGAUUUUAGUCAACAAGUUAUGGACGACGAUACUUUGGCGUGUUUAAUUUCAAUGCCAAACACGAUUGUUACAUCUCAUCAAGCAUUUCUUACGGAAGAAGCCUUGAAAACCAUUGCUGAAUCGAUCGUUAAGAGUUUACUGGAGUUUUUCAAAUGA